GGAGGGCUUUAGGACCCGGAAGCAACGAGCGUGGUGUCGUACUGAACGGAGCGACAUAAAGACAUUAGGCAAUGGCACAGACGGGCUUUGGACGAAAAUACUUCAAAGCUUUUGUUAGUGGCUUCUUUGUAGCCGUGCCCGUGACAGUGACUGUUUUAGACCGUCUUGCCGACGUGGCCCGCAUGGAAGGUGCCUCAAUGCAGCCGUCCUUAAACCCCGAUGGAGAGUCGUCACCUGAUGUUGUGCUGCUCAACCGCUGGAGUGUGAGGAACUAUCAAGUACAGCGAGGGGACAUCGUGUCAGUUUUAAUGCUGGGAUAUAAAAACUGUUAUGUAAGAGUUCCAGAUGGACAUCUGUGGAUCGAAGGGGACCAUCAUGGACACAGUUUCGACAGCAACACAUUUGUAAUUGGUAAUCAGUUAGUUGGUGCCUGCUAAAGACAACAUCUCGUACUUUGACAUGCAUUGAGACUUAGGAAUGAGCUAACAAACACCCUGGCAACCACCAACAGCACCCUAGAAACACACCGGCUUAUAUCAAGUUUUAAUUAAUACUUAAUAAAUUAAUACUUUUCAGCAAGGAUGCACUAAAUUGAACAAAAGUGAUGGUAAAGACAUUUAUAAUGUUUCAAGGGAUUUAUAUUUCUUAAAUAAAUACCGUUCUUUUUUUUUUGUUUUUGCUUUUUUGUUCCUGAAAAGACAUAUCAUGGUUUGCACAAAAAUAGGAUCAUGUGAUACUUAGGGCUGGAGUAAUGGCAGCUUUAUCGUCACAGAAAUUAAUAACAUUUUAAAAUAUAUUCAAAUAGAAUGCAAGCGUUGAAAAAAAAAAAUGCGGAUCAAAUAAAUGCAGCUUUGAUGAGCUUCUUUCUAAAACAUUACAAAUCUUACAGACCCCAAAUGUUUUAACUGUAGUGUAAAUGCAUUAAAAAAAUUCUUUCAAAAAUUGAUUUAGUUGCUGACUAUAGCAGGUAAACUAUAUUUUAUUUUUCAAUUUCAGAAUAAAAUACCAUAAUACUAGUCAACUACAGUACAAAACAAGUAUUCAGCUAGUCAUUUUCUCAGGCAUGUCUCUAGAUGUUAUACAUUUGUCUGAUCCCACAGGUGUCCGAUGGAAACUCUGUUUCAGGCUGCAGUUUCUGUUUUUUUGCUAUUUUUUUAUAUAUGUGGUUAUAAAAAAUUCAACAAACACCGAAAAAGAUUGCCGCUUUCUAGGGACUUUGUUAACAGCCUUGAUGUGCUCGAAUGCCCCCGCCUGUAAUGUAUAGAGAUUGAGGUAUUAUUGGCUCUUUGAAGAAGUUUCUCAGAUACAUUAUUAAACAGAGCAGUGAUUCUUUCUCCCAUCUCAGCUCAGACUGUGACAUGACUCGCUGCAAUCAUUCACAAUACGUCAAGAUCUUUCGCUCAGAUUCGUCCUUGAAAUGUUGACAUGUUGGGAUUUGCUUCCUUGGAUUGAGAAAGAAAAACAAAUCAUCCUGUCCAUUUAGUCACUGAGUCAGCACGACUCUGUUGCGAUCCUUCAGUUUUGAUGGUUUUGCACCAGCUGAUGUUUUCGAGCGUUUGUCCUCAGGUGGAUUUUUAAUGAUGCUUCCUUUCAGAAAGCAAAUGAAUGUUUUUCUCACUGAACCGCAUACUUCCUAACCUAAAUCUCUUUUUUUAUUGUUUCACAUCCAUUACCCAAAACGCUUUUGGUUUUCCCUAGAGACCAGGCCAGAACAUAUUAGUGUGAGAUACAUUUGGUGGAAAACCAUCAGGUUAUAUAUCACUAAGCAAAUAUUCUUGCUGGAUGUUUCAGGCAAUUGCUUUCACUUUUGUCAGUACAGACUGCACCGUUACCUUGACUUGAUAUAUUAUGCAGCAAGAUGUGUAUGGAGUUUUUUUUCACUUAAUGUCCUUUUCAAGGCAACAUUUAAAUCUUUCAGAGAAUCUAGAUUGAUAUUUAAUGCUACGACGGCUUCUAAUGUUGUUGUUCAAAAUAUUUCUACUCUAAAAUACUGACAAGCCUCCAGCAUUUCACCAACCACUGAUUGAAAGUCAGGUCACAAAACCCUGACUGUCUGAGAACUGUUUAUUCUGCCCACAAAACAGUGCAAAAUGUCACACGGAUUCGACUCAGACAUCCAAUUUAUAGCCUUAAAGGGAUAGUUCAGCCCAAAAUAAAAACUCUGUCAUCAUUUAACUUUAAAUGUUCCAAACCUGUGGAGACAAACCUAUAAAAUGUCUUUGUU